GUUAACUCUAAACAAAAUUGUGCUGACAAUCCCGUGUUUUGCUGUGGUACACCUGAAGAUCUUUUGUGUUUUGACAUUCUUGUGGAUGUUUCCUUCAACUUUACUGUGAGAGUAAAUCACUCAAAUUUGAAUCGUCGAGUCACAAAUGUUUCUUUUUCGGGGCCUCGUGGGAUGACUCGAACUUUUUUGACUGACACGCUUAAUUUGGCUGGUACUAAGGAGACAACGUUUAGCUGGACACCCAGUGCAGACCAAAACAAUGAUAUUUUCCUUGUUUGUUUUAUGGCAUUUGAUGAUGACAAUGGUGCAUCUGAACAGCGGUGCAUAACCCUAGUCACUGGAGCUGAUAUUCCAAGCAUCAGUCUUCACUCUCGAUUUCCGAACAAUGUAUCUAUAUUUACACCUGGCUUAGAUGAAGCUCACAUAGCAUUCUCUAAGGAAAUUGGUUACCCAUCUGUAUCAAGGUACCUUAGAGUUUUUGAAUUUUAUACAAACAGACUGGUUGAAACAAUUGACACCUCAAAGUCAUCGAACGUUUGGAUUUUGUCUGAUUUACUAACAGUAGUUUUUAGAAUGAAAAGUACAUACAGGCUCGGAGUUAAAUACUACAUUCUCAUGGAUGAGGGAGCAUUUGUAUCUAACAAUGGUUGUUCUGGUGGUGGGAUAGCAACUGAGGGUCUUCUAAUAAAGACUGAUUGGUCAUUUACCACAUCUUUGUUUUGUACUCUGGAUGAUGAAUGCCAUAGCAAUGCAACCUGCAGGUUGUCUUCUUGUGUUUGUCAGUCAGGGUUGAGAGGAGAUGGAAUAAAUGAUUGCACUGAUAUUGAUGAGUGUGAAGAGAAAACUGAUAACUGUCAUACUAAGGCAAAUUGUGACAACAUUAAGCCUCUCUUUCUGUGCACUUGCUUAAGUGGAUAUUCAGGGAACGGGACAUUUUGCGCAGACAUUGAUGAAUGUACUCUGGGCUUUGACAGUUGUGAUGCCAAUGAAGUCUGUGUCAAUGUCAUUGGAUCCUACAGAUGUGAUUGCUUGGUUCGACAUGAGAGGCUAAUGGAAGAAUUUGUUGACAUUGAUGAAUGUGCUCAAGCAAUACACAAUUGUCACUUAUAUGCUACUUGUAUAAACACGGUCGGCUCAUUUAGUUGUACUUGUGAUAUAGGAUUUUCUGGCGAUGGAGCAUUUUGUGAUGACAUCAAUGAGUGCUUACAUAGAUCACCUUGUGGUGUAAAUGCUGAUUGUCGUAAUACAAUGGGGUCUUUUGCAUGUGACUGUCGUGCUGGAUAUGAAGCAGUCAACAAGACUUGUGGUGAUAUAAAUGAGUGUGCACGGAACUUAGACAACUGCCAUGCAAGUGCUAAGUGCUCUAAUACAAUGGGAUCUUUUCAAUGCAAGUGUAUCACUGGAUAUGAAAGUAACGGGACAUAUUGUCAUGACAUUGAUGAGUGUGAAAGGGGUAUCAGUAAUUGCCAUACUGAUGCAGUGUGCACAAAUACACUAGGGGCUUUCAGUUGUAGCUGUCAGAGUGGGUUUAAAGGAAAUGGCAAAAAUUGUACGGAUAUUAAUGAGUGUGCAAGAAUGACUCAUAACUGCGUACAGGACACAGAGAUUUGUGUUAAUACAAUUGGGUUUUUUCUUUGCUGGUGCAAAACUGGAUUUAUGCUAAUUGGAAAUGUGUGUAUAGAUAUUAAUGAGUGCCUUGAGAAAAGUUUGUGUGGCAGUAAUGGAGACUGCCGUAAUACAGCUGGAUCGUUUGUUUGUGAUUGUCACUGUGGUUAUGAAUACAAUGGCAUUGUCUGCGAAGAUAUCAAUGAGUGUAACAGGGAUGUUAACAACUGCCAUUCUCGCGCUCAGUGUACCAAUCAAGCUGGGUCAUUUACUUGUCGAUGUCUGCCAGGAUUUAUGGGAAAUGGCAUUACUACUUGUGUUGAUUGUUUCAAUAACACAGAUUGUCAUGAGGAUGCACAAUGUGAUCAUUAUAAUACUUGUGUGUGUAACGCCGGGUUCACAGGUGAUGGCAAAUAUGACUGUUCUGAUUUGAAUGAGUGCACUGGUGUAACCCAUAACUGCCAUGAAGAUACUGAAUGUGUUAAUACAAUUGGAUCAUUUAACUGUCUAAGUCAGACAAGAUCUGGUGAAAGUGGAAAUGCUUCGUGUUUUGAUCUCCAAAAUUGCACGCAAAAUUGGUUAACUCAGAGAGACUGGUGGAUGAAUGUCAAUGCUAAAUGGAGACACUCGAUGAGGAAUUGUUUCGAAUGGCUAAGUAGCUCACUAACUGACACCUAUUAUGAUGAAGACACACCCAUUCGACAGUGGCGCUACAUAAUGCAACAAUAUCUGCAUGAAUUGAAUGUUUGGUUGAAGUUUGUCUCGGAUGUGUUAACACUCGACGUUCCAUCUUCUGUUUCUUUCAAUGAAACUAAUCCAGAGAAACUGUGGGAUGAAGUUCAGAGUUUUGUGAGCAGGAUGAGUAAUCUGCUGUAUGAACAUAUUGGCAACACCAACAAUGUGAUGGCAUUUAAUUCAACUUGUUUGUGUGAGAAUAAGCAAGUAGGGCAAUGGGUACUGGCGACUGCACUCUCUGAAGAGGCAACUGAUGACUUGGAGAAGACAUUUGGAGGUCAAUGUGAUGUCCUUCAUGCAACACAUUCUAAUCUUUGAUUGUUAGCUAUAGUUAGAAGGAUCUUUAAUUAAGUCCUAAUUGUUGUUGUUAGAAAAUUGUGUUUGCAUUGUUGUUUUGUUAUAGCAAUGUUGUGUGGAUGGUGUUUCUAGUUUAAUUUAUGUAGCUGCACAGUUGUAGCAUGCAAGUAAAGAAAAUAUAAAUGAAGACUGACUUGAUAGAUGUCAA